UCACCUGACGAGUUAAACUCCCCUUUUUAUGUGAGGUUGAAGCAGAAAGUCUGAGUUAACAAAGAAAGUUGUUUAUAAUUUGCGAUACCUGUUAUCUCUGACUGAGGCUUUAGUUUUUGUUGAGCUGAUUUACACGUAGAAACUUUGUUCAGGAAGAUUUCUCAGUAGCUCAGAGGACUGGCUGCUUUUUACACAACCUUGUAAGAGAAUGUCUGUCAAUGCUUUCAGCAGAAUUUAGAAACACAACACUUCCUAAACAGAUAUUUUGAGGCUGUGAGGUUGAACUUUUGAGAGUCUAUCAGUGUGUUUGUUUGUGGUCUUUCUGUUUCUAGGUGGAAGCUGAAUUAGUGAGGAUGACUCCUGCUCCUGUCAUCUCUAAGCUCCUCACACAUCUUUACCUGCACGAGGAAAAUCACUCCUGUAGAAUGCAGGUGUGUUUGUCAUUAUUAUAAAAAGAUGUUGCCUGGUGACCUGUCAGAAACCCAUUAUACAGAGUCAGCCAAAAUAAUGUUUACACACAUCAGGAAAAGGAAAACUUGCACAAAUAUUUCAGUACCAAAUUUAUUCAAAUAUACAUUUUAUGUUAGAUUUCUUCAGUAAUUUAAUGAGAGUUAUCAGCAAAAAUCAAGUGUUCAUUUGAUGAACUUCAUUUCCUAAAACAUCCAGAAUUGGAGCUCAUAUCUUUGGCAGCUGUAAAGUUUCUGCUCCUUCAAAGUUCACAACACAAUGAAUGAAUUCCUGAAACACUCUCAAUGCUGGAGAGCGUUUGUGAUGCUGAAGCAGUGAGCAGUUUUUCCGUUUCUUCUCUGGAGAUGCACAAUGAGGGACGUCUGUGGAGACUGAGAAAGAGUCUCACCACAUCCUGACACGAGGAAAAAGACUUUACUGAAGACUACAAUGAGAAAAACUAUCAGACAGCAGACGGCUGCAUUCAAGUCUGUAGCUGCUGAAUUCAUGGAUGAAUCAUCUGGCACUAGAGAGGAAGACCAUCAAACAUCCACAUCAGCUGAUGGAGGUCCAAGAGUCUCACUGGACAAACAACCUACAUCUAUGAAGCCAGAUGAAACUAAUCAGCUAGCCAGACUGCAAGAUUGUCUUAAGGACAUAAAGACCUGGAUGACCUAUAAUUUCUUACUACUAAAUUCAGACCAGACUGAAGUCAUUUUAUUUGGCCCCAAACAUCUUAGAAAAUUGCUUUCAAAGCAUAUAGUUACUCUGGAUGGCAUUACAUUGGCCUCCAGUACUACUGUGAGGAACCUCGGUGUUAUCUUUGACCAGGACAUGUCCUUUAACUCACACAUAAAACAAAUCUGUAGGACUUCCUUUUUCCACCUGAGAAAUAUUGUGAAAAUCAGGAACAUCCUGUCUCAGAGUGAUGCAGAAAAACUAGUCCAUGCAUUUGUUACUUCUAGGCUUGACUACUGUAAUUCCUUAUUAUCAGGUUGUCCCAAUAGCUCUCUGAAACAUCUACAGCUGAUCCAAAACGCUGCAGCCAGAGUACUGACGAUAGUUAGCAAGAGAGAUCAUAUUUCUCCUAUAUUGGUUUCUCUUCAUUGGCUUCCUGUGAAAUGUAGAAUAGAAUUCAAAAUCCUUCUUCUGACAUAUAAAGCUCUUAACAACCAAUCUCCAUCAUAUCUUAAAGACCUGAUAGUACCAUAUUAUCCUAGCAGAACUCUUCGCUCUCAGACUGCAGGCUUACUUGGAGAAGUGACCUGUAACUUCUCUCUAAAAGUAGAAUGUGAGGCAGAGCCUUCAGUUAUCAGCUCCUCUCCUGUGGAACCAGCUCCCAGUUUGGGUUCUGGAGGUGGACACCCUCUCUAAUUUUAAAACCAGGCUUAAAACCUUCCUUUUUGACAAAUCUUAUAGUUAGGACUGACUGGGGGACCCUGAGGGGGUCAGCUGGAGUCUUCCUCUUGGACGUCCCUUAGUUCUGCCCCUAGUUCUGCUGCUAUAGGCCUAGGCUGCUGGAGGACCUCUCUGGAUGCACUGAGCCCUUCUCUAUCUACCAUUAUAUUUAAUAUAUAUAUAUAUAUAUAUACCAUUAUUGCAUUACACUCACUCUGUUUCUCCCUGUGUCCUUUCUCCGAGUGUCCCUGAUCCCAGAGCUGGAUGCUUCAGAUCUGUGGUGGUUCUCCCACCAACUGGCCUAAUCUCCAUCUGUGGGAUGCUGCUGCUGCUGACCUUCCUCCAGCCCACUGCUUCCAGCUGCCCAUUUCCAUCAAUCUACUCUGCAUCUCCCUCACUAUACUUGAUUUGCUCAUCUACAUAUUUUUGAAUUUACCACCAGCUAUAUAUGUAGUAUAUUUAAUGCCAGAGCCAUACACCAUAGCAGUAAACUAUAAUCAGUUUCCAUGUUAGUUGUACUUUGCAUGUAUCAUCUGUCUUAUCAUGCAUGUGUCAAACUGUGUUUUAUAGUCCUUGUGUCCCCCCCCACCUCUCUAUCUCUAUCCCUCUACCUCUUCCCCUCUACCUCCAUCCCUCUAUCUCUAUCUCUCUACCUCUUCUGUCCCUCUCAACCCGUCCGGCCAGCAGCAGAUGGGUCCCCCCACAUAAAGAGCCGGGUUCUGCUCAAGGUUUUUUUCCCUGUUAAAAGGGUGUUUUCCUUGCCACUGUCGCCUUUUGGCUUGCUCUGGGGUUCAGGCAUAUGGGUUCUGUAAAGCGUCUCGAGACAAUUUCACUGUAAUUGGCGCUAUAUAAAUAAAAUUGAAUUGAAAAAUUGAAUUGCAGACCUUGAA